GGACGCCGGGAGCGGGCGCUCUCGGAGGGGCUUCGGUUGGGGCGCAACAUGGCGGCGCUGGCCGGGCGCUGAGCCGUCGGUGGCUGUGGCGCUGGGGUUCGGCGGCCGGAGCGCUGAGCCGCGGGGAGCCAGCGGCGGGGGGAGGCCGGGCGGAGAAGAGCGGAGGAAGGUGGCGGGGCCGGCUCGGGCCCCCGGGCGGCGGCGGCGAUGGCCCAGUGCGUGCAGUCGGUGCAGGAGUUCAUCCAGGACUCGUUCGUGCCCUUGGUGGCCGCGCUGUGCAGCGAGGAGGCGGAGCGGCUCACCCGCAAAAACAGCCUGAGCUUCGCCGAGCUGGUGAAGCCCUUCUGCCGCCUCACCUCGGAAGUUCACAUGAGAGAUCCUAAUAAUCAGCUUCACAUAAUUAAAAAUUUGAAGAUUGCUGUCAACAACAUUAUUACUCACCCACCUCAGCCUGGUGCCAUUCGAAAACUUUUGAAUGAUGUUGUGUCUGUCAGUCAGCCUGCUGAAGGACUAGUAGCUAAUGUGAUCACAGCUGGAGAUUAUGAUCUCAACAUUAGUGAUCGCUCAGUUAAAGCUAGUGUUCCUUGGUACAGUAAUUGGAAAGAGACACUGAUGGAACUGAACACAUCCACGUUUUAUUCAGCUACUACUCCUUGGUUUGAGUCUUACAGAGAGUGCUUUCUUCAGUCCAUGCCUGCAUCAGAUCAUGAAUUCUUAAACCACUAUGUUGCAUGUAUGCUUGUAGUUUCUUCUAGUGAACCAGAGCCUGUGGAGCAAUUUCUGAAGCUGUCUCAAGAACAACAUCGAAUUCAGCAUAGUAGUGAAUACUUGUAUCCCAAGUGGUUUAUACCAAACACGCUCAAAUACUAUGUGUUACUGCAUGAUGUAAGCACAGGAGAAGAACAAAGAGCUGACUCCAUUUAUGAAGAAAUGAAGCAGAGGUAUGGAACUCAGGGUUGCUAUUUGCUGAAAAUAAAUUCUCGGGUGUCUAAUAGAGGAACAGAUGAACAGAUACCAGAUCCUUGGAGUCAGUAUCUUCAGAAAAACACUAUCCAGAACCAGGAUUGCUAUGAAGAUUGUCCUUAUACUGUCAUUUCAAACAAGAAUACUGAUCACUUGAUAUCAGAUGGCUUAGACAGUGAAAUGAAAGAUGGCCUGUCAAAUAACUUUAAGACUCACCCCCUUCAACUGGAUCAUCCCAGCGGCAGUUUGGAUAGCACUGAUUACGUGAAGGCUACUGCAUCAUUGCAAGACUCAAAGAAAUCAAAUUCUGGAACACCUCAUGGUGCUUGUUUAACACUCACAGAUCACGAUCGAAUUAGACAGUUCAUACAGGAAUUCACAUUUAGGGGACUUUUGCCACAUAUAGAGAAGACAAUUCGGCAACUUAAUGAUCAGUUAAUAUCCAGGAAAGGCUUGAGUCGGUCGCUGUUUUCUGCUACUAAAAAAUGGUUUAGUGGCAGCAAGGUUCCAGAGAAGAGUAUAAAUGAAUUGAAGAAUACUUCUGGUUUGCUGUAUCCACCAGAAGCACCAGAGCUUCAAAUCCGGAAAAUGGCAGACUUGUGCUUUUUGGUGCAGCACUAUGAACUUGCAUAUAGCUGUUACCAUACAGCAAAGAAAGACUUCUUAAAUGAUCAGGCAAUGCUUUAUGCAGCUGGAGCACUGGAAAUGGCAGCAGUAUCAGCUUUUCUUCAGCCUGGAGCUCCUAGGCCAUAUCCUGCUCAUUAUAUGGAAACAGCAAUUCAGACCUAUCGAGAUAUCUGCAAGAACAUGGUUCUGGCUGAACGCUGUGUGCUGCUUAGUGCUGAAAUCUUAAAAAGUCAAAGCAAAUAUUCAGAGGCAGCUGCUCUUCUGAUUCGUCUAACCAGUGAGGAUUCAGAUCUUCGCAGUGCACUUCUGUUGGAGCAGGCAGCCCAUUGCUUUAUAAACAUGAAAAGUCCCAUGGUUAGAAAGUUUGCAUUUCAUAUGAUAUUGGCUGGCCAUAGGUUUAGUAAAGCAGGCCAGAAGAAACAUGCCUUACGUUGCUACUGUCAAGCCAUGCAGGUUUACAAAGGGAAAGGCUGGUCUCUUGCAGAAGACCAUAUUAACUUCACUAUUGGUCGCCAGUCCUUCACGCUUCGUCAGCUUGACAAUGCUGUGUCUGCCUUCAGGCAUAUUUUGAUCAAUGAUAGUAAACAACCUCCAGCUCAGCAAGGAGCUUUUUUAAGAGAAUAUCUUUAUGUUUAUAAGAACGUAACCCAGCUAUCACCUGAUGGUCCCUUACCACAGCUUCCUUUACCAUAUAUUAACAGCUCAGCAACCCGUGUUUUCUUUGGGCAUGAUAGAAGACCGGCAGAAGGUGAAAAGCAGGCAGCUACACAUGUAAGUCUGGAUCAGGAGUAUGACUCGGAAUCAUCACAACAGUGGAAGGAACUUGAGGAGCAGGUUGUUUCUGUGAUAAAUAAAGGAAUAAUACCUUCGAACUUUCAAGCAACACAAUUCUGUUUAAAUCGCUACACAGAUAACUCCAGAUUUCCACUUGCUGUGAUAGAAGAACCAAUAACUGUAGAAGUGUCCUUCCGAAACCCUCUAAAAGUUCCACUUCUUUUGACUGACCUUUCAUUGCUGUGGAAGUUUCAGCCUAAAGACUUCAAUACAAAGCAUGAUGGAGAAACGAAAGAGCUGGGAAUAUGUGAUGAUGGUAUGAUAGGAACUGAAGCAAUAGCAGAAUUUCUAAUUAAUAGUGAGGAGACAAAAGUGGCAAGACUAAAGCUCUUUCCCCAUCAAACAGGGGAGCUACAUAUUCUGGGAGUCGUUUAUAAUCUUGGCACUGUUCAGGGUGCUGUGACAUUAGAUGGGAUAGAUCCUUCUAUUGGAUUACAGACAGGAAAGUUUGUCUCCAAUGGGUUAUCUGUAAGAGGACGACAAGAUUUAGAAAUCCAAGGGCCUCGACUUAAUAACACAAAAGAAGAAAAAACGUCUAUUAAAUAUGGACCUGAUCGACGUUUAGAUCCCAUUAUUACAGACGAAAUGCCUUUGUUGGAGGUGUUCUUCAUAAAUUUUCCUACAGGGCUUCUCUGUGGAGAAAUCCGAAAAGCAUAUGUAGAAUUUGUGAACGUAAGCAAGUGUCCUCUUACCACACUGAAGGUCGUGUCCAAACAUCCAGAAUUUUUUACUUUUGGUGGAAAUACUGCUGUUCUAACGCCACUAAGUCCUUCAGCUUCUGAAAACUGUAGUGCUUACAAGACUGUUGUGACAGAUCCUACCUCUGUGCGUACAGCACUGCUAUCUUCAGCUUCUUCUGUAGACUUUGGGGUUGGCACAGGAGGUCAGCCUGAAGUAAUCCAUGUCCCACUUCCUGAUGCUGUUCUUCUUCCUGGGGCUUCAGUGCAGCUGCCAAUGUGGUUACGGGGACCAGAUGAAGAAGGUGUUCAUGAAAUUAACUUUCUGUUUUACUAUGAAAGUAUUAAAAGACACUCAAAAAUGUGUCACAGAGUAUUAAGGCACACUGCAGUUAUUUGUACUAGCCGGUCUCUGCAUAUUCGAGCUACUGUCUGCAGAAGUAAUGCGCUUGAAGAUGAAGAAGGCAGAGGGGACAAUAUGUUGGUGUUUGUGGAUGUAGAAAAUAUCAAUACUCUGGUCCCAUUUUUUCAUCCACAAAGCAAGAGUGAGACUGGUGUUAAAGAAUUUCAUAUAGUACAAGUUUCAAGUAAUAGCAAGCACUGGAAGCUUCAAAAAUCUGUUAACGUCUCUGAAGACAAAGAUACUAAACUUGCUAGCAGAGAGAGAGCGAAGUUAUGCUUUAAAGCAGUAAGAUGCAAAAACUCAGAAGAAAAUUACACAUUUGCAGACAUUGUCUUUGGAAAUGAACAGAUAAUAAGUUCAGCCAGUCCUUGUGCAGACUUUUUUUUCCAAAGUUUAUCCUCUGAAUUUAAAAGAACACAUGUGCAAUCUCAUACUCAUGCAUCUCAAAGGGCUGUGAAACAAUCAUUUGAUGAGGCGGUCAGAUUGAUACAAAGAUGCAGUGAAGUGGAUUUGAACAUUGUCGUACUGUGGAAGGCAUAUGUUGUGGAAGACAACAAGCAGCUUAUUUUGGAGGGCCAGCAUCAUGUUGCCCUUAACACAGUUGGGAAAGAGGCUUUUUCAUUUCCUCAGAAGCAGGAAUUACCAGAAAUGGGUCUCUUAAAGUUUCUUCGACCAGAAAACACACCAGUACCUGCGAGACCCACACCAGAGCAGCUUUCUAAUCUUAUCAAGACAAGUCUUCAUUAUCCAGAGUCUUUCAAUCAUUCUUUUCAUCAAAAAAGCCUCUGUCUGGUACCUGUCACUCUCCUACUUUCCAAUUGUUCCCAGGCUGUUGUAGAUGUAAUGAUUGAUUUGCGGCAUAAAACAACAAGCCCAGAAGCACUAGAAAUCCAUGGAUCUUUUACGUGGCUUGGGCAAACACAGUACAAGCUUCAACUUAAAAGCCAAGAGGUCUAUAGCUUGCAGUUGAAAGCUUGCUUCGUUCAUACAGGUGUCUAUAAUCUUGGAACCCCCAGGGUAUUUGCCAAGCUAGUGGACCAAGUUACUUUGUUUGAAACAAGUCAGCAGAACUCCAUGCCUGCACUGAUUAUUAUCAAUAAUAUCUGACCACUUCCAGAAAAAAAUCACACUAAAAGACAAAAUAAAUGGGAUUCUUUUCUUAUUGCUGGUUGACAUUUUGCUGCAGUUUUUGGAAAUAGCACCUCAAACAUCUAACUUGUUACUAAAGAUUGUGUAGGAAAAAAAAAUAGCAAAAUAUUCAGACUACUUGUCAAUCUGUUUCUCAAUGCAACGCACGUUGGACUGAAAACACGUUUAUCCUUUUAUAAUGUAUUUCUUCUCUGGUAAUUAAGAUAUUCAUAACACAAAAUACUCUUUAACUCCAAAUCUGAACAUAUUUGUAUGUCCUAUGCCCUGUCAAAAAUGCGGCUUGACUGCUGUUACAAGUUCCAGCAUGGUGUGUUAAUAUUUGUGGCUGUAAUAGGAUAUGGUUCAGGAAGAAACCCUCAUUGGCUUUUUCCUGUCUGAAGCCAUUAGACAUGAUAAAUCCCAAUCUUACUGUGAAGUUCAAUAAGGUGUCUCAAAUCCAUUUCUGUUCCUCAGUUCUUUAGUUUAAAAUUUUGUUUUGAGUUUUCAUGUCUAUGGAAACUGGUGACCUUUCAAGGUUUACAUACAAGUCCCACCUAAGGUGUUUCAGAAAUAAUUUCUUCAACCAGUUUGAGUAUUUUCUCAUUCAUCUCAACACAGAAUGCACUAUUUCACAACCAUGAGAUUGUCAUUUGAAUUGUCACUUGCUUUAUUAUGUAACUAUAACAAUUGAUCAGUUUUAAAAAAAAAAAAAUCUACUCAAGAUUUUCAAGAAAUGUAUUAUAUUUAUAACAAAUGUACUGUAAAUAGAAUAAAACAUACACCAUAUUCACUGUA